GACACAGCGAGAGUGAGGUGCCGCUUGCUCACAUGCUGGCUGGCUUACAGUCGUGGGAGUCUUUGGCUUGGCAAACCUUCCUAACGCGCGCGGCGGCUGUCGGCAAAUCUGCGCCUCCUCUCGCCGCUUCAUCCGCAGCUUCAUCCGCUGCUUCAUACUCGCAUUUUGCGGCACCUCCCCACCUCGCAAUCGGCCUGUUGGUGGCGCGUGCUCUGCCUCCGAUCCUGAUCGCCAAGCUUCGUGCCCCGGCCGCAAGGGCUGUCAAACUCGCGCUCGGCGGCAGUCCGCUUCGGCGAGCCGCCAGAAUGUCGAGCAAGGCUCUUGGUGCGGCGGCUGGCGGUGCUGCGGGACUAGCUGCAGCCUCCUCUGGCUCUGCAGGCGGCGCGAUUGCGGUUGCACCGCGUGUGAUCCGGCUGGCCAAAUCGGCGCUCCGGCUCGGCAUGGCGCCACUGCCCACCAACGUCGCCUCCCUCGUCGUCCUCCUCGCCGCCGCCGCCGCCGCAGGCGCCGCCGCACAGAGGAGCACAGCGGAGGGCGGGGAGCCGUUUGCCUUCGACGCGUGCGUGCCGGGGCUCUCUCCGCAGAGCUCGUGCAGCGGCGGCGCCUCGGUCUACCGCGCCGCGCCGCCGCCCACGCCGCUCCUUCUCCCCGCCCUCGCGCUCGUUGCCGCUGCAGCCGCUGCCUGGCUACUCCUCCAGCGCGGCCUGCCCUCGUCUUGCGCCCUGCGGGUGAUUGGCGUGGAGGGCGGAGGGGUGGCGGGGGGCGGAGGCGAUGUGGCGGAGGUUGGAGGCGGCGCGUCGGGCGGAGGCGGCGCGGAGGACGGUCGUGGAGACCUCCGCUGCGAGCUUGUGUCAGCGCCGCCGGUCGGGCAGGGGCGGCGAGGAGGAGAGGCGGGGCGGGGAGAACCGGCGGACGAGGAGGGCCGGCAGGAUCAGGAGCCUCUCUCCCUCUCCAUCUCUCCUCCCUCCCCUGCGCAGCAGUCGGCAACUCGAGGAGCCGAUGCGGCAGAGGGGAGGGAGGAGGGGGAGGGGGAGGGACGGGCGGCGACGGCGGCGGCGGCCGAGCUCGUCGCGGCGGCGCGUCGCGUGGCGGCGGAUCAAGCGGCCGCGAGUGGCGAGGCGGCGGCGGCGGCGGCGGAGAUGGCGGCCAAGCUGGAGAAGGCGGCGGCGGUGCUGUCGGCGGAGCUGGAGAGGCUUCGGCUCGAGCUCGCCCGCGCACUCGAGGCGCACUCCCCGGGUGUCCGACUGAGGGCGCGCGCACGCUGGCGGCUGGCGGCCGAGAGGAAGGGAGUGAUCGCCUCCGCGUCGUGGCGAGCGAUCCGUGCUCCGCCCCCGUCUCCGCCGCAAGCGCCCUCGCCGCUGACGGCGAGCGGCGACAAGCAGCGCGCCAGGGCGUGGGACGAGGCGGCGUGGCUAGAGAUGGACCCAGACGCGGAGCUGGCCGUCUGAACGGGCGGCGGUUCGACGUGAGUCAUGCUGUGUGUGGGCCUGCGCCACCCCGUCGGCUUCGCUGCUUAGCGGCGCGUGAGCUCGACGCAUGGGGAGCAGGGUGGGCGUGAGGGACCCGGGGAGUCCGGGGUCGGGUCUUCCGCGCCAUCUACGAGGUAUUAUGUGUGGUCCCCGUUUUUGUGAUUGUGUUUAUUAGCGCGAUUGUGUUAUGCAAAAUAUAUAUUGAAUU